CAGGAUGAACAUUCGUUGUGCUCGCGUGGACGAUUUGAUGAGCAUGCAAAAUGCGAAUCUUAUGUGCCUUCCAGAGAAUUAUCAAAUGAAAUACUACUUCUAUCACGCUCUUUCUUGGCCGCAGCUCUCUUAUAUUGCUGAAGAUCACAAGGGAAAUGUUGUUGGAUAUGUUCUCGCCAAAAUGGAAGAAGACCCAGGAGAGGAGCCACAUGGUCAUAUCACCUCUUUGGCCGUCAAAAGAUCUUACAGACGUCUGGGAUUGGCUAAUAAAAUGAUGGAUCAGACCGCAAGAGCCAUGGUCGAAACCUACAACGCUAAAUACGUAUCGCUUCAUGUUCGUGUAUCAAACCGAGCCGCAUUGAAUCUAUACAAGAACACACUGAAAUUCGAAAUUGUGGAUACAGAGCCAAAAUAUUACGCGGAUGGAGAAGAUGCAUACGCUAUGCGUCGCGAUCUCGCAAAAUGGGCAGAAGAACGGAACAUCGAGCCAGCAGAUCGAGAGGCCUAUACCACUGCAAAAACCACUGACGAUAAAAAGAAAAAUCGCAGUUAAUUCGUUAUCAAAGUUUAUUUUUGCCUUUUCCAACUGGUUCAUUCUGAUACUUUCUCUGUUCUCCCCUUUCAGGAGGAUCUCUUUUCUUUCAAUUCUCGUUUCCUCCUCUGGUUUUAGAUUAGGUAAAAAUUUAAGUUUUCCCCUGAAUAAUCUCUUUGAUCCCCCUUUGAAAGCUCAUUAAUAAAUUUAAAGCAUU